AUGGAGCACCUCUCUCUCAACCCCCUCGCUCGACGCUCAAAGCUGAUCCCCCUCGUUCGUUGCUCCCUCUCCGGUGUGGAUUCUCUGAUGAGCGCGCAUGACCGACCUCUGCAAUUGCGGGCGCCGGCACCGCGGGAUGUCCGCCGUCCGACGCGGAGGAUGCUCGCCACCUCUUCCAUCACGAGUGCCACUGUUGGCGGCGUCCAGCAGGUUCAGGAGGAGAAUGAAACUCUGCAACUCUACCCCAGUUAGUUUCCGCUCUUGCAAGAUUUCCCGCUCCUGUUUCUUUGUUUGUUUCUGCGAUUCUCCUCAGGAGCAUGUUAGGGCAAUCCGCUGUACUGUAUGCGAGGGAGCAUGCUUAGAUUUCCUGUCUGGAACUGAUAAACCGCAAUUCGAUGGCCUGUCGACUUCCCCGAUCAUUUGGGGAUAGUGCUAAUUUACGACGUUGAGCCGUGCCUCCACAAAAACUAGUUCAUGUGAUUUUCGUUGCUUAGCCGUGCCGCGGUUAUAACCUAAUCAGAUGGUGUUUUUUGUUGUGCUCAGAAUGGGGCGAGUUUGCAACCCGUGUAUCUGGUGAAUGGGACGGAUACGGGGCAGAAUUCAGCAGCAGAGGGGAGCCCGUCGAGCUCCCUGAAAACGUCGUCCCUGAGGCAUUCAGGGAAUGGGGGGUUCAAAUCUUCGAUUGGCAAACUCAGUGCCCAACACUUGCAGAAACGGCGAAGCCUUCUCUCAUCUACAAGCUGAUCAAGCUGCUCCCAACGGUAGGAUGUGAAGCUGAUGCUGCAACGAGGUACACUGUUGAGGAGAAGAUAGUUCAGGGAUCUGAUGCUAAGUUAGCUGCCUUUGCAUAUGAUCAAACUGGAAGCUAUGUGGCCGUCUGGGCCAUCAAGGAGCACACUGACGGCAGAUCGUUCGAGAUAGAGCAUUGCCUCGUUCAUCCUAAGAAUCACGAAGUUCGCAUUAGGAUAAUCCAAAGCAUCAAGAUGGAGCAGAUGGUGUUGAGUAUUAAAAAGAUAAAUGUAUUUUCCGAACAAUGGUAUGGUCCCUUCCGAAAUGGCGAACAGCUUGGCGGAUGCGCGAUUCGUGAAUCUGGGUUCGCAUCCACUGUUGCCAUGGAAGAGUCUGAAGUCCUGGGUACAUGGCAGAGUGCUUGUGUUGCCGCCACCUUCACCGAUCCCCAAACAGUGAGUAUCUAUGCUUUCAUCUCAUAUCCUAGGAGGUCCAUCAUUUUUAUACUCAGGAAUCCAAUUGCAUAUGAAAUUUUAGCUUCAGCAUGUAGCAAUUCACAAAGGCAGUCACUUCAGGGCAUAAUUGUUUCAUUUGAACAUGGUGCCGAAUUAUUUUGUGAUACUGUGAACUCAACCGUAGCUCUCUUUGCACAUGGAAGGCUGGAGUGAGCACGAGAGAGGAUGAGGUCAAUGUGCCUGGCGGUAGAUGAUGAACUUGCUCUAAUUUUUCUCUGUUUUGAUUAAUUAUAUUUUCACUAGAAUGCCAUCCGAGAGCUUGCUGGUGAAAGGAGACAGAAGCUGGUCAGGGGUCAAGAAGGCCUUGUAACACUCCCGAAGAAACUAUGGUCUUCAAUAGGAAAGAAAGAAGAUGCUGAGAGUUGGGUGGAAGCUGGAUGGCUGAUCGAUCAAGGGCAAUCUAUCACAUCCAGAUGCGUGUUCCUCAAGGACGGAAAUUUGAAGGUAAGUUGUAAAAUUAUCGCUGCUGUGACCUGUACUGUUUUUUCAAGUGAAAUUCUUGUUUCAAUUUGUUGGCAUGCAAAAGCUUUUGAGAUUCCAGACUGUAACAAAAAAAAUAAAAAAUAAAAUAAAAUCUCAUAAAAGCACACCUUUGAUCCCCCCAAAAAUAUUUCGUGAAUCCAUAUAAUAUAUAUUUAUCACAAAAAUAACAGACGGUAAGACCCAGAAGAAACCUGGGAAUUGGGUGUCAUUGCCUUGACAUUUUAUUAAAUCGUACGCAUAGGAUCUCAAUCAAUUUUUCUCCACAGUUUGACCCAGCAUUGACUUAGAGGAUUAAAUGAGAAUUUCCUUUCUCUUUAUGUGGACUUUGUAAGGCGCCAAAUUUUGUAGGAUCUUCCCAGUAUUUCCAUUUAUAGAUUAUUUAUCAUGGGUAUUUCCAAUAUGCACAAAAAAUCAUUUAAAUUAUUGCUCUUUUCUUUCCUGGUGGCAAUCCAUCAUCAUUCCUUCUUAUUGCAGGAGAUAGCUGUCGGGCGUGAAGCUGAAAUUCCCAAGGACGUUUAG